CGGAUCGGCGUGCGCCUGCGCACGGGAGGCCGGAGGAGUCUUACCCUAAUGUAAGAUGGUGGCCCGUCUGGCUGUGGAACCCACCGAAAGCUGAGAGUCUCCCUCUCAGCCGUAAAGGUCGGACUCGCUGAGGCAAUCAGGCCCGGUUCUGAAGAGUUUUUUCCCCGACACUCGUUCAGUGGUUUCUUGUGAGGACGCGGCACCGCGUGGAGUCGGCUAAGGGAAAAGCGAGGCAAGGCAGGCGGGUCUUUGAAGUUCUACAUUUUAGUUCUCAGUGCUGAACUUACUUCUCCCUUAAAUUAUUAUAAACUUUUGCUGCUGUUUAAUAAACGUGAAGAUGUCUCGCAGUCCUGAUGCGAAGGAAGACCCUGUGGAAUGUCCUCUUUGCAUGGAGCCCUUGGAGAUAGAUGAUAUCAACUUUUUCCCUUGCACCUGUGGCUACCAGAUUUGCCGAUUUUGUUGGCAUCGAAUUCGCACUGAUGAAAAUGGACUUUGUCCUGCAUGUAGAAAGCCAUAUCCAGAAGACCCAGCAGUUUAUAAACCACUCUCCCAGGAAGAACUGCAAAGGAUAAAGAAUGAGAAAAAACAGAAACAAAAUGAGAGAAAACAGAAAAUAUCAGAAAAUCGCAAACAUUUGGCUAGUGUUCGUGUUGUACAAAAAAACCUCGUCUUUGUUGUAGGUCUGUCUCAGCGCCUAGCAGACCCAGAGGUUUUAAAACGACCAGAAUAUUUUGGGAAGUUUGGUAAAAUACAUAAAGUUGUCAUCAAUAAUAGCACAUCAUAUGCAGGCUCACAGGGUCCAAGCGCCAGUGCUUAUGUAACCUAUAUCCGGUCAGAAGAUGCUCUCAGAGCCAUACAGUGUGUCAACAAUGUGGUGGUAGAUGGCAGAACACUUAAGGCAUCACUAGGUACAACAAAAUACUGCAGUUACUUCUUAAAGAAUAUGCAGUGUCCAAAGCCUGACUGCAUGUACCUACAUGAAUUGGGGGACGAGGCGGCCAGCUUCACAAAAGAGGAAAUGCAGGCGGGUAAACACCAAGAAUAUGAACAGAAGCUACUUCAAGAAUUAUAUAAAUUAAACCCCAAUUUUCUUCAGCUGUCUACGGGUUCAGUUGAUAAGAAUAAGAACAAAGUGACACCACUGCAGAGGUAUGAUACCCCCAUUGACAAACCUUCUGAUUCUCUCAGCAUAGGGAAUGGUGAUAAUUCCCAGCAGAUAUCUAACAGUGAUACACCUUCACCACCACCUGGUUUAUCAAAAUCCAAUCCAGUCAUCCCCAUCAGUUCAUCCAAUCACAGUGCACGAUCUCCUUUUGAAGGGGCAGUAACUGAGUCACAGUCGUUAUUCUCAGACAAUUUUCGCCAUCCCAACCCUAUCCCAAGUGGGCUUCCUCCUUUCCCCAGCUCCCCACAGACAUCCAGUGACUGGCCUACAGCACCAGAGCCACAGAGCCUCUUCACAUCAGAAACAAUCCCAGUAUCAUCCUCUACAGACUGGCAAGCAGCAUUUGGCUUUGGUUCUUCUAAACAACCAGAGGAUGACUUAGGUUUUGAUCCCUUUGAUGUCACUCGAAAAGCCUUAGCAGACCUGAUUGAAAAGGAACUGUCAGUCCAAGACCAGCCUUCCCUUUCGCCCACAUCUCUUCAGAAUGCCUCUUCACACACUACAACCGCCAAAGGCCCAGGCUCUGGAUUCCUGCAUCCUGCUGCACCUACAAAUGCCAACUCUCUCAAUAGUACCUUUUCAGUCUUGCCACAGAGGUUCCCUCAAUUUCAGCAGCACCGAGCAGUUUAUAAUUCAUUCAGUUUUCCAGGCCAGGCAGCCCGCUAUCCUUGGAUGGCCUUUCCACGCAAUAGCAUCAUGCACUUGAACCACACAGCAAACCCCACCUCAAAUAGUAAUUUCUUGGACUUGAAUCUCCCGCCACAGCACAACACAGGUCUGGGAGGGAUCCCUAUAGCAGGGGAAGAAGAGGUGAAGGUUUCGACCAUGCCACUGUCAGCCUCUUCCCAUUCAUUACAACAAGGACAGCAGCCUACAAGUCUCCACACUACUGUGGCCUGACAACAGAACUGAGAGGAGAGGAUUAGACUCUGGGGUGCUUGCAUGGGCAACCGGAUUUUUGCAUGAUUCCUUUCUGAUUUUGCAUUUAAUGUAUACACCCAGAAGAGCCAAUAUAAACGUUCCUCAUGCCUACAACUAGUGUGUUAUCUCAUAGUUGCUAAAGUAUUUCUUCUUUAGGCCUUUAACACAAUUUAUUAGCAUAAUAAUUUUGGCAUUGUUUCUCAUGAGUGAUACUAUUUUUUAAUUCACACAAAUAAACUUGUAGUACUAAUUAAGAUCCCACAUAAGAUUAGCUAGACUUGUUAUUUUGGCUCUAUUAUUAAAAUAUACAAAGAUAAUGGUAGUUCCUUGUUUUCUGAUUUGUGAAAAAAAAUGGUAAUAUCCUAAUAUAUUCAUGAAAAGUUUGGAAAUUGAGAAGAUAAUGUCUAUUGCAUUCUUUGAAAUACUUGAGAAGAAAGAAUACAUAUAAAACAAAAUUGGUGGUGUCAUUUAAUGCUCAGAAGGAUGUUGUCAGCAAUUGUUUGUAGUUGUAUGGAUUUAUAUCCUAUAUUAUGCAUUAUAUGUUUAGAAACUGUUUUUGUUCUCUCUCAUUUGCACAUUUGCACUUUCUUUUUGAAUGGUUGUUAAUUAUAUAGAGACACUUAAAGCAUAAUUAUUGUAGACUAAAUGCAAUAUAAUCUCUUUUCUAAUGCACUGCCUAGUAUACCGGGAAAUGCCUCAAAAACAAUUUCAACUUACAGUUGAUUUAUCAGAAACUUGAAUGUGGGGUUAAUGUUGUAUGUGAGAAGCAACCAUAUAGUGUAACAUUUUUAUUGAAUUAGUAGUUCUGUGGGAUAUUUGCUUGGAAGUUUCGUUGUUUAACAAUUGAAAUAUGACAAUAAAACUAUGACAAGUACCUGACUAGAAUGAGACUAAGGUGGAAGAGAAGAGAUUGGGGAUCCUCUAAAGUUAGGCCAUGUAAGUUGUCAUAGGUAAUUGUAGUUAGUCACAGAGAAUAGUGGAGUACUUUAUUAGGAUAUAACGUGAAGUGUGUUUUUGGAUAAUAGUUUCUUGGAAUAGUUUUAAAGCUGAUAAUGAAAGAAAAUAAACUGAACAGUUCUGAGCAUCGCACAAAAGCUGGUUCAGCAAGCAUGGUUGUGUUCUGCCUAAAGUAAGCAUCUGGGACGAAAGAGGAAUGUCGCAUCUUCUGAGAUUUACAAAAACCAAUUGUGAUAAAAGAUAUGCUUUAAUUUGUUAAAAAAUGUUAAAAGAGUAGCACAAACACCAAAAAAGGAAGCCUAAGAUUUAAAAUAAUAAUAAUAAUAAAGAAACAGCUUAUUAGAAGCUGAUACUUAAUAUAUUAGAGUUGGAAUUUUCAGGGUUACCUCUAAAUGAAGUCUGAUAACUUUGUAGUUAUAAUACACAAGUUUAACGGCUUUGUCUGGAGCUUUAGUGGGUAAACUAAAAUCUCUUCUUAGAUAUCCUUCAGUUUGGUUUCAUUUGUAAAAACAACUAAUUAUCUAGCCAUUUAAAUUAUAUAUAUAUAAUUCUGCAUAAAUGACAAUCUCUAACUUCUAUUUAGAAGUGACUUUAGGACACCAUUAGAAAAUACAAACAAAAUAUUGUAGGUUUGUUAGAAACCUUUAAUGACUCAUUGGUUAUGAUUGCCUUUUUGCCGUUUUAAGAUGCCAGGACAUCCACUUGAUGUCUCCUACGGUGCUGAGGCUCCCAGGCUUUGUGAACAAACUAGGACUCCCUGAGGCUCCCAGACUUUGUGAACAAACUAGGACUCCCUGUCAUAGGGCUUCGCAGCAUGGCUUGCUCCUUCUUCAGUACAAACCUUUCAUUACUCCAGUCUUAGAAAAACCUAAGAGGUGGUUAACUCCAUUUAGUUACUUCUCUGUGUUGAGAGAUAUACCUGUUAAGCAAGGCUUCUUUCCUGUGGUAGCUUUCUCCUUUUUAAGGAGUAAGAAGCUUCUUUCCUGUGGUAGCUUUCUCUCCUUUCUUAAAAAGGAGGAGGAAAGAAAAGCUACCACAACUCUGGUAAAACUGUCAGGUAGUUUACCAGACUUGCUAGAGCCCAGAAUUGUCUUCCUGCCUGCUUCUCCCCCAGUCUCCAUCCCCACCCACUUUCCACAAACACAUCGUAAUCAGGGAAAUGCUUUCUUAGGUAAUUAGGCUUCAACUUAGAUAUUUUCACAUAGACUAGCUAAAGAUGAUUAUUUAACUAAUUUUGUAACUCUAAGACUUUGUAAGCCUAAAAAAAUUAAGCUUCACUGUUUUGCUUGCUUAAUAUUUCAUAUAUUAUGGCUUUAAAAAGUGAAGUCUUAAAAUCAGUCAUAAUUAUACUAAAACACAGAAGAAAUUACAUAGCACGUGAAAGAAAGUACCACUUUGUAUAGCAAGUAAAUUGAUAAAAACCAGAUGAUGGUAAAGAAUGAGAAAUUCUGAAAACUUCAAAUUAGUUUUUGAUAAAUUCUGCAUGAUUGGUCUAUCAUGCACAAGGGAAAAAGCAUGAUCUAUCAUACUUUUAUGGCCUUAAUCUUUCAGAAGUGACUAGUCUUUUUGUUAAAUCAGGAACAGAACUCUUUGGACGUGCUUGACAAGUCACGAGUUGUAGGUACAUCUGUCCAUUUUUUUUCUGGAAAGAAGAUUUGUAGUUACUAGACUUGUUAAGGGUUUGCUGACAACCCCCAAGAAGGGGGAAGAAUGUAAAGAACUGCUGCUUUGAAAUAUUUGCAGUGCCACUGUAGGAAAUAGAGACCUGGACUGCAUGACUUUGAUCAUAUGAUGGAAUGUCAAGUGCCUCUUUUUCUUAAAGAUUCCAUUAGAAAAUAUUUUCUGAUUAAUAAUACUUUCCUUUUUGUUCUGCUGUUGCAUUUUGUUUUUACAGGUGGUGCUUUUGUACACUCUCCCCUUAUUUCAACGAUGCAUUGAUGAAGUAUUUGAGUGCCUAUUCUGUGUAGUGACCUGAGCUAAGUCUUAAGGGAUACAAGGUUGAAUAAAGUACAGAUCCUAUUAUCAGUUUAGUGACAGUGUUAUUUCAAUUAUUUCUAUAGGGUCAGCUCUAGAUAUAUUUUAAUCACAGGAACAGCCAUAGCAGUUCAGACCCAUUUCAUUAUUCAUUACUCUGACAGUGGCAACAAAGAGUAUUGGACACUGAUACUUGAAAUUUUAAAAUAUUUAAUUUGGAGAGAGUGAAAAAAAUCUUAACAGGAGACACACCUUCAAUACUCUAAUUUAGGUAUUUCUCAGUUGUGUGCAUAUGUUCAUGUCUCCUACUCUGUACUUAGCAUCAUGGGAAUUAAGUGAGCUCCAUUUUAAAGAAAACAACUUUAAUACAUUGUGUGCACAUUUUUCCUGACAUGGCUCCUAUUCGUACAGUAUUCCAAGCACCUUCAAGACUAACAGAGGUCUCUUAUGCUGUGAUACAGCGUCCAUAGGGAGCGACUCCCAGAGGCAUUGCCUCAGAAAGCCAAAAGAAAGGAACCAGUUGCAGGCGCAUUGAAAUCGUACAAAAUGAAGACCAGCAUAUUAUUUAUGCAGACCUUAAAGCUGGGGAACAUCUUAUGCUACAUUGAGUUGUAAGGUUUUGGAUUCUUUUGUUUAUUUGAUCAUGAAGCUUUCUCGAAUCUGCUUAAUUGGAUUUAAGAGAUGCAUGUAAUACAAUUAAAAGCACAAUAACUUAAAAUUUUUUUUCUUAUAAAGAAGUGAUAACCCCAAACCAUGAUAUAUAUGUCUUUUUCUACAAAAAAGAACCAAGUCAAUUAUUUGGUUUCAAGCUAGUCCUUCUGUCGUUAGUGCUGUGUCUCUCUCCUCUCAGCCUUUUUAUUUGAAUGAGUAAACUUUAUUGAAUGAGUA